UUAUCGACGUUAACUUGCUCUGUGCUAAAAUCGACCAGACGGGGAUGGAAAGAAAGGAGGGAUGCCAAGAAAAGGAAAGGGUGGGAGCGACAAGCGGAAAGCGCGACAGUAGAAUUUGGCACCACAGAGAAUUGGACAGUUAUAAAAUUGUGUUCAUCUGAAAGACGAUUUUUGGUUAUUUGACGCGUCGUUACAUCUGCUCAAAAUUGAGCAUCCACUAUUGCUGCUGCUGCCAUUGGGAAACAUCGGUGGGGUUCAAGGCAUAAACGGGACCCACUGAUGAAACACUGUCAGAAGACUUAGACGGCACCUAAUCUCUUCAUGAAGUGGAUCAAGAUGAUGGAGCCUUUUUUGACCCUACUAGUCCUCGGGUCACUUACACUCAAAGCUUUUGGUGGAGAAGUGUGUGUCUCUGGUCAUGAUAGCGGGCCAGUCUUUGAAGAACAACCAAGCAGUUUAAUUUAUCCAGAAGGGCUGAGUGAAGGGAAGGUAGUUCUCAGCUGUCAGGCCAGGGCAAGUCCAGCUGCUUCCUACAGGUGGUUGGUGAAUGGUACUGAGGUCCCGCUGGGUUUAGACCUCCGUUAUACUCUGGUUGCUGGCAACUUGGUGAUCAGUAGACCCGAGUCUGGUCGAGACACGGGUUCUUAUCAGUGUCUUGCCAUCAACCGCUGUGGAACUAUCAUCAGCAGCGCAGCAAACCUGAAAUUUGGCUACCUUCACGACUUCCCUCCUGACAGCAGGAGUCCUCAGACAGCUUAUGAAGGCAUCGGAACAUUCCUGGCAUGCCAGCCACCUCCACAUUACCCAGCUCUAUCCUACCGGUGGCUCCUCAAUGAGUUUCCCAACUUCAUCAAGAAAGAUGAUGGCCGCUGGUUUGUAUCCCAGGUAACAGGUAACCUCUACCUGGCCAAAGCGGAGCCCAACGACACUGGAAACUACUUCUGCUUCACGACCAUCAACAUGGACAUCAGUACGAAGAGUACCUUCAGCAAAGCUAACCAACUCACCGUGCUGCCUGAAGCCAAUCCAAAGAAGUCCGCUCCAAGCAUCAAGGUACGCUUCCCAGCGGAGACCUACGCCCUUGCCGGACACACUGCCCAGUUAGAGUGCUUUGCCUAUGGAAAUCCUGUCCCAAAACUGAAAUGGAAAAAGGUGGAUGGACUUAUGCCGUCUAAGGCAGGUUCGAGUGUUGCGGGUCCUACUCUCAUCCUACCAGAUCUCUCCUUUGAUGACGAGGGUGUCUAUGAGUGUGAAGCCCACAAUUCCGAGGGAGUUGAUGUGUACCGGGGCCGCAUCAGUGUGCAAGCUCAGCCAGAUUGGUUGCAGGUGAUGAGUGACUCGGAGGUAGAGAUCAGUUCUGAACUGCACUGGAGUUGCGUGGCUGCUGGUAAACCACGACCUUCUAUUCGCUGGUUCCGCAAUGGACAGCCGCUCACUACACAGGAUAGAGUAGAAGUAAAUGGAGCUCGUCUCAAAAUCAGCAACCUAGCCCUGGAGGAUUCUGGGAUGUACCAGUGUGUCGCUGAGAACAAACAUGGAACUAUCUACUCUACUGCUGAGCUUCGAGUCCAAGUUCAGGCUCCAGACUUCAGAUUGAACCCUGUGCGGAAACUGAUCCCUGCAGCCAGAGGGGGACAAGUGAUGAUUGAGUGUCGCCCACGAGCAGCCCCUAAACCAAGCCUGUUCUGGAGUCGUGGGACUGAGUUACUCACCAACAGCAGCAGGGUGACUGUGACUCCUGAUGGAAUCUUGUGGAUCACUAACAUAAGCAGGGCAGAUGAAGGGAAAUACACUUGCUUUGCUGAGAAUUACCUGGGCAAAGCUAACAGCACAGGACACCUCUCUGUCAGAGAUGCAACCAAAAUCACAUUGGCUCCCUCCAACGCCGACAUCAAUCAAGGUGAGAAUGUGACACUUCAGUGCCAUGCCUCUCAUGAUCCUACCAUGGACCUGACCUUCACCUGGGCCCUCAAUGGGGCUCUUCUGGACCUGGAGGACUCCACAGGUCCCUACCACCGAAUAGAAGGGAAGGAAACCACUGGAGACCUGCUUAUUGUGAACGCUCAGCUGAGUCAGGCAGGCACUUAUACAUGUGCAGCUCAAACUGUGGUCGACAGUGCCUCAGUUACAGCCAAACUGGUUGUACGAGGACCCCCAGGACCACCUGGCGGUUUACUGGUAAGGAAUGUAGCAGAGACAUCUGUGGAGCUAAGGUGGAGUCGUGGCUAUGACAACCACAGUCCAAUCGGCAAUUAUGUGAUCAUGGGACGAUCUUCUCUGUCAUCAAAGUGGAAACAGAUGCGGACUGAGCCAGUGAACAUUGAGGGGAAUGCGGAGUCUGCACAUGUGACUGGGCUAGUACCCUGGAUGGAUUAUGAAUUUCAGGUCAUUGCCAGCAAUAUACUGGGCAGUGGAGAGCCCAGCAUGCCCUCACAUACCAUCCGCACGCAACAAUUAGCUCCGUUAGUGGCUCCCAGUGGACUUGGAGGUGGAGGUGGAGAUCGCAAUGAACUUAUCGUAACAUGGACACCCAUGGCCAGAGAAUACCAGAAUGGUGAUAGCUUUGGCUACAUCCUGGCUUUCAGGAAGAAAGACACAUCAUCAUGGACAGAAGUGCGCAUACCUUCUGUGGAGUCAUCCCGAUAUGUGUACUACAAUGCCACUCUGAUGCCAUACAGCCCCUUUGAAGUGAAAAUUAAAGCCGUUAACCGAAGGGGAGAAGGUCCCUUCAGCCAGAUUGCUGUUGUCCAUUCUGCUGAGGAAGAGCCGACAGUUGGACCUUUAAGCAUAAAUGUCACUGCACUGACAGCUUUUGAGAUCCAAGUGUCAUGGGAGCCUGUCCUGCAACCGAAUACCAAUGGCAUCCUCAGGGGAUAUGAGAUCCGAUACUGGCGACAGCAUGAACGGGAAGCAGCAGCAGACAGAGUGCGGACAGCGGGACUUGAAACAACGGCCAGGGUGUCUGGACUGCGACCGAGCACUCGAUAUCAUGUUGCAGUUCUGGCAUAUAACAGCGCGGGCACUGGCCCACCCUCACCACGAUCCACUGUCACCACCAAGAAACCACCUCCUAAUCGCCCUCCUGGAAAUGUAUCAUGGAGGACAGAUGGCUCAUGGGUAAUUGUGCGAUGGGACCACGUAAAGGCCAUGCACAAUGAGUCAGCAAUACUUGGAUACAAAGUUCUGUACAAGCAUGAGGGUCAAACAGUCUUGAAAGUCCUGGACAGAGAGAAGACAUCCGUGAAUUUGCCCCUGCCCAAAGAUAAUGCAUAUGUUGUAUUGGAAGUGCGGUCCUGGGCUGAAGGUGGGGACGGACCUGCACAUGAGAUUAUUGUCUCCCGGGACUCAGGAACCGGCAUGAUGGUGCAGAACAAGGCAAUUGUCUCCAAUCAUUCGCUCUACCUGGUCAUUGGCAUGUUUCUUCUUACAAUUGUGUCAGCCCGAUGAUUUCACUUCGCUUUUUAGUCUACUGACUUAAAUUGAAAACAUAUGGUGUUUAAAAAAAAAACUUUUUGGUUUGAAACAUCAAUGUGAUUUUUUUUAGAAAGAUGAUUGUGUAGUCAAGCACUGGAGUCAACAUUUUAAGGGGAAAGUCUCACGUGUUAUGUGUCAAACUAAUGAUCAUGAUAUGAGCUUUCACUUUUGCCGUCAUAAACAUUCAUGCAUGGAUACACAAACCACAACGAAGGUGAGCAAGUGGUUGAAGAGUUUCAGCAGGUUGCAUGAACAUGCAAUCAUUCCAUUUCGGGAUGACAAUAUAAGGAUGGUCUUGAAACAUGUGUCACCAGAAACUGAAUCUGAAUGAUUCACAUUUCAAUGUGAAUCACUGAACUUAAGUGCAUUGAAAAACUGAAUCUGAAUUACAAAAAUAUGAUUUUAAUUUUUUUAUUUUGGUGAAUCUUAGCUUUGAAAAACGGAAUCUGAAUUGCGCAAUUUGAAUUUGUGUUCCUUGCCGGAAAUGCAAUUCGGAACAUUUUUUCACAUUCCACACAAAUUGAAAUCUUUUUCCACACAGAUUCAGCUCACCUGAGUUUUCACAGUCAAUUUCUUCUCUUCAGUCUUCUCAAUAAAAAUUCAGUUUGUGUGACAAACAUCCGAGUACUUAAGGAAGAACACAGAUCUCCUCUAUGUCCAAUCAGCACCUACGUCUUGAGGAUGUGACACAAGAUCUGCGUAGGCGGUGGGGUUUUCAUUCAUUCAUUCAUUCAUUCAUUCAUCUUCCUAACCGCUUGAUCCUCACUAGGGUCGCGGGGGGUGCUGGAGCCUAUCCCAGCUGUCUCCGGGCAGUAGGCGGGGGACACCCUGAAUCGGUUGCCAGCCAAUCGCAGGGCACACAGAGACGAAGAACCAUUCGCACUCACACUCACACCUAGGGACAAUUUAGAGUGUUCAAUCAGGCUGCCAUGCAUAUUUUUGGAAUGUGGGAGGAAACCGGAGCACCCGGAGAAAACCCACGCAGGCCCGGGGAGAACAUGCAAACUCCACACAGGGAGGCCGGAGCUGGAAUUGAACCCGGUACCUCUGCACUGUGAAGCCGACGUGCUAACCACUGGACUAUCGGGCCGGCCGGGGUUUUCAUUAUAAUUUCCAAAGUGGCGUGAUAACAACUUUCUGAAACCUUCAGGGAGGGAUAAAAAGGGGUAUGUGCAUGUUUAACAAAAUGAACCCCUGUAGUCAGUAUGUCUCGUUUUCAUAGUUUUUAUUUAUUUAUUUAUUUAUUUGGGUUUCUUUGUUUCCACCCCCCCAACAAAAACAUCAUGGCCACAUUGAAUUCCAUGCAUUAGGCAUUACUGACACCUUGCGGUAGAACCAUCACACAACACGUAUCAAUAGACACUGGGAGCUCAUCUCUAAAUACAACACAGGACUUCAAAAUGAGCUCUAAUCCCGUUUCAUGAUUUGUCACGGUUGUCCGUUCUAUGUAGGACAGUUUUUUGGAACUAAAAUGACUUGAUUACGCUGCCUUAUGCCUGAUCAACCACAUUUUAAAGAUAAUUUCAGUACUGUAUUUGUGAGGUGAACCAUGAUUCACCCACACAAGAAUAUAAGAACAUUAAAUAUGAGGUGGUACGGCAAAAGAGGAAAAGAGAAAUUAUUUAUACCACAAAGGUGAAAUUAAGGUAUCAUAAAGAUUAGGAGCCCUUUGUUGCAGAUCACAUUUUUCCCAGAGAGCAUUUGUCACAUGAUCAAAAUGAAGGUGUGGAUUGGACAAAGAUCUGUGAGGAAAUCUGUGUUGUGCAAUCAAUUGGUCUUCCUUAAUUAAGUACUCCGAUUUUUGUCACACAAACUGAAUUUUUAUGGAUAAAGUUUUACCUGUAAAACUGAAUUUGAAAAACCAUGCAAACUGAAUUUGUGAGGAAGAGAUUUGUAUUUGUAAAUUUUAAUAUGUAAAAUAUAUAGAAAUUGAAAUUUUCAGUGAGGAACACAAGUUCAAAUUGAGUAAUUCGGAUUCAGCUUUUCAAAGUAAAGAUUCAAACCAAAUAAUGCAAAUUCAACUCUUGUAAUUCAAAUUCAGUUGUUGAAUGCACUUAUUCAAAUCUAGCAAACUUCAUUUUCUGGUGGCACAUCUUUUCGCCCACAGUAUAUGCACUACACCAGAGUUAGGGGGGCAAGUCCCAUCAGAAAUCUCCCUAGCCCCCACGCAUUCAACACCCCCAGAAAUGUAUCUAUUCAUUAACAAUUCCGGUUUCCGUGUCUGUGCGCUGCAGCUGUACCCUGCGUCUGUUUGUUUGCUUGCACAUUAGGGUCAUAUUCGUAAAAAACAUCAGAGUGCGCACUGGUUCAUUGCGACCUUCGGGAACUUGGAGCUUUGCUCAAAUUUGUCUUUUGGCUAUUCAGAGUGCACUAAAAUGGCGCUAGGCACUUGGCGCUCCGACUAGGGAUGUGCGUGUGAUGGCUGUGUUCGGAAGCUAAUGGGAGCGAAGUGCACGCUACCACACCGGAACAUACUCACUCUCAGAGUAGUGCAUGGGCGUCAAAGUGAAUUUCCGAAUGCGUCUUAGGUUAGAGUGAGUUCGCUUGCAAACCAUCUCAGCAAUGUAAAAAAAACCCAACAACCCAGGACCACCCAAAUCUCCUAAUUUCUCAGGGGGGUAAAGAAGAAGAAGUUAAUUGGAAACAUUAGACCUGUCCAACUCCUGAAGGAGCGCCAGCCAAAGCUCGUCAGUGUGCAGGCUUCAAAAUUGUGUGCAAUAAGCAUUCCCCAAUAAGAAAAGGGGAAACCUGUGGUGUGAUGUGGUUGUACGAUUUGGGCAUUUCUGUUGAAAUGAGCAGUUAUAAAGAUAUAAUCAGUUACCGGGAUAGUACGGCAGGGUCUGAAUCUCUGGGCAAAUUCAUAUAUUAUAUUCAAUACAUGUCCUUGCCAUGCACCACGCACGACUCAAGUAAGUGGAGUCAUGAAAAUCAUUUUUUUUUUCCUCGGGCAAUUUAUCAUAAGGUCAAAAAUCUUGGCGCAGUCUCUGCUACUUUUUCAAAUUUCAUCACACAAGUAAGGUACUUACUUUUUAUAUUACAAUUCUUGAUGAAGACAGGCCCAUACACGUUUACGAAAUGUGCUUCAUUUGUGUCAAGGUAACAGAGGGAGGGCAUCACCUCGUCAAUACCUCCCGUCAAUUGGACAAUUUCUUUCAAUCCCCUAAAAAAAGACAAUAAUCCCUAAAAGAAAUUAUUUUGUGAAGCUCAAUCACAUCUUGCUAUUACAAACCAAGUUUGGUGGUGUCUAAAGGGAAAAUCACAAACACUCUGAAUAUUCAACCACUUGUAACUGUGUAUAUUUUCUGUUUGGCCUUUGCAUGUUCAAAAUUUGUUUUUUCUUAAUUCUGAGCUGAAAUAGUCUGAGGCUGCAAUAGAGACUAUUUUAAAUUCUGUUAGUUGUGAAUGUGUGAGAGACACAAAUUGACCAAACAUUCGCCGUUUCCAGCUGUUUGAGUGUAGCCAAGGCAAAAGACAGAUCAGGUUGUAGUUGCUUGCUGUAUUACAAAAUGAUUUUUGGCUGUACUGUAUUCAAUGUUGCUUGAAUGAGCUGUUGGAAAAUUAUUGCAAAACACAACCAUUAUAAUGGCCAAAUUGUAGCUCCUGCUCAUGAAUGCCAUUGUCUUUGACUUGGCUGUACUGAUACACCAUCCUUACAGCUAUCCAUUUCCAUCUUAACACAUAUCCUGUUCACGGCUGCAGGGAGCUGGAGCCUAUACCAGCUGACACUCUUGACUGGUGGCCAGGCUCUUGAAGGGCACAGAUCGAGACAGACAGCCAUUUUCACUCACAUUCACUCUGUCACUGAAGGAAAAUGUCCCGCUGUACCAGGGUUGUCAAACUCAUUUUUGUCGUUGGCCACAUUUUAGUUAGCGUUUCCCUUUAUGACUUUGAAACCAUAUAAAGAAGUCAAGAAUCUCGAUUUAUUGUUUAGGUUACUGUAAUGAGUAGUUUGGUAACAAGAAAAUGCUUACAAUAUUUAUCUUUGUUACCUUCAAGAGCAUCAUGGAAGUUUAUAUGUUUGAUUUGUUUUCGCGGGCCACAUAAAAUGAUGUGGCGGACCACAUCUGUCCACCCGGGCCUUGAGUUGGAGGCACUACACCAGGGGUGCUUAUUAGAGGUGUCUUAGAUCUAUCGGUAGAUACAGUAGAUCUAAGACAGGUCCCAAGUAGAUCCGAGGAGUGUCGAGGAGGAAAAAAAAAAACAUCUGUGUGUUUUUGUACAUGUUAGUAAUAUUUUUGUGUUAAUGUACGCUGCACACUAAUCAUCCUCAGUCUCAUUUUCACACAAAAAAAUAAAAAAAUAAAAUAAAGCAGGUAAAUCUUGAAUUUACGGUGGCGCGUGAGUACGUCACCGGAAGUUGUUUGCGCUCAGCAGUCUGCAAUUGCAGCUUGUAAUCAGAGCUGUUGCGCUCUAUCUUUUAUCGUCAUUAUUCUCAUUCAGAGUUUGCUUCAUGUACAAUUCACCGAGGGCACGGGCAAAGAAUAGGAAUCUCGGAGCGCCCAGGGAAGCACUUUAAAACUGUACGUGUGAGCUACGAUAGUUAACAGGCUCCAAAAGUGCAUCGCAUGCCUCAGUUUCAGGCUGUUUCUCAUCAUGGCGUUCAUGUGUGCGUGUGUGUGUGCGCGUGCCGGUAAGGGUAGAUCCCGGGAGGUUAGUUGAUCGAAAAGUAGAUCUUCGGUCCAAAAAGUUUGGGCACCCCUGCACUACACCAUCCGUGACUUGUAAUUAUCAACACUAUCUGAGAUGUAAAUUUAUCACCAGUCAGUGGAAAACUUUUAUUUAUUAAUUUAUUAAUUUACUGUGUAUCUUUAUCUAUUGUCAGGGGAGUUGUACAAAAUGUUUCCUUUAAUUGCCCCCUGUUUUUUUAAAUAAUAAUUAUGAACAAUUUAAAAAUGCUGGUGUAAUGUGUUUUAUUUUAUUGCAACUAUUUUAAUGCUGAUAGGUUGAUAUAAAGUUCCCGACAGCGAUGAAAGGGUUGGCCACCAAAGCUCGCAGUUAACAAUGUCAUAUAUCCCCCUGACUGUAAUCCUGUCAGCUUCUAUCAGCUCUUAUGUAAAACUUUGUCACAUUUAUUACACUAUACUGGAAGAGGUUGAACUUAAGCAGAAUGAUUUAAAACCUUUCUCUCAUAAUUAAAAACAAAGGUCGAGCAUCAAUUGAUUUUACAACUGGUAUAGUGGACCCCUGCAUCCUCACGCUGCGGCAUCUGUGGAAAAUCGCAGAUUUUUAUCUUGAAUUUGUUUUUCGCAUUUCAGGAAACGUUUUUUUGUUGGAGGGUUUUUUUUUGAGUGGUGUUAAAAGAUCUUUUUUCUCUCUCAAUGCAUUCAUAAAUGGCAUCAACAUUUUCACGUUUCACGGGCUGGCCGUUCCCUAUACACUGUGAAUAGCGAUGGUCUGCUAUACUUAUUUUUCUUAAUGGCGUUGCCUUAAUUUGAUUGAUUGACACUCAUUUUACUAAGUUCAGAAUUGCACUAGAGGAACAGCAACAAAUCUGGAUUACCAUAAAAAUGCAAAAAUAAUAAUAAAGCCGCGGGUUUGCUGUAAUCUAUUCCUCGUUUUAUUUAUUUAUUUUAUAGUGCACGAAUAACAAGGAGUUCAUCCUAAAAUACUUUUGCUAUUAUAUGGCAUUUUAAAAUCUAUAAACUAUUUCUUUCUUUCUUGUUUGCCUCUGCCCUGCUCUUCACAUAAGGUUGUGGCCAGGAAGAAGCAUGACAAAAGGGGAAAUUACAAGCAUACUGUCAUACUCUGCAUCCAAACAAUA